AUGUCUUUCUACCCGCCGGGAUGGGACUACGAUCGGGUCUUAAGUGCCUCCGAUGAUUAUAUGAUGGGAUUAACAGCUGAACAACAUACAACAUUCUUCGGUGGCCUCAGAGAAGAUGGUAUGAGACACGAGAAGGAUAUCUGGUGCCAUGUCUCUAAAGAUGGCAUCCGGCAAUACGUGUAA